AUGCCGAAGUCCAAGAAGGGCGCCGUCGCUGAGGAAGCGUGCCCCUCAAUCGACCAUCACCAGGACCAUACCAGUCUGCUGAAUAACAAGUCGAAUUCAUCGAAGAGGUCAAGGGCAGCUCGGAAAUCAGACAAGUCGCACAAGUCAAAUGGUAGCGGACGAGAUACUAGCCAUGGUACAUCAGCAACGUUAAAACCAGCAGAUGCAAAGAAGUCCAAAACGAUAUCGGUAUCGAGAAAGUCCCGCAUAUCGAACAAGACUGAUGAAGAGUGCUAUGACACUGAUCAUGAAGAGUCCUCAAAUAGCAAGCAAACCCGUUUGAAGAAUCAAAAGAGAGCUACAAAUUCAGGCAGUGGUGGACUUGAAACGAGCCACGACUCUGAGACUUUGAAGCGAACAGUCGCGAAGACCUCACGCAUUACAACAAGAUCUAGGAGGUCACAGGAAUCGAACAAGACUGAGGAAGGACAGCCUGAAAAUGUUCUUAAGCAGCUUUCGAAUUCUACCUCGAAGGAGGCGAAGAAACCAAAGUCUUCGUCAAGAUCGAGAAAGUCCAGAGAUUCCAACAAGACUGAGGAAGUAUGCCCCAAUCCUGAACACGAACCCUCAAGGUCGUUAGAAUAUUCUAAAACAAAAGCUUCAUCGAAGUCGAAACACCAACCAGAUCCGCAGAGGACAAAAGAGUCAUAUCCGGAUGUGGGCCACUUGUCGCUGGAAAAUCCAAAGUCAAAGCCAUCGCCGAAAUCGAGAACAUCUCGAGAUUCUAGCGAAGCACAAGAAAUGUGUCCGGAUAUGGAUCAUGAGGCCUCCUCGUCGACAGAAGAUCCAAAGACAUCAAGGUCCUCACCAAAGUCGAGAAGGACCAGGCAUUCCAAUGACAGAGAGGAACAAUGUCUUGAUUCUGAUCAUGAAACUUCGACGUCUGCAGAAAGGCCAUCAAAAGUUAAGUUUCAUGCACAAAAUCAAAAUCUCAGCAAGCAUGCAGACUGUGAUCAACUCAGAGAUGUUUUAAAGUCUUCAACGUCAGACAGGAACCAGAUGCCGCGAAAAGCAGGACACAACGAGACAGCUUCGUCCCCUGCAGAUGUCAAGAAGUCUUCUGAGGGCCUCAAGAAGCCCAGAGUGAAGUCUAAAUCCAAGUUAAUGGACAAAUUGAAGAGGUCGAAACCCAACGAGGACUGCCAAGAUGGUGACCAUGAGGCGUCUCCCAAAAAUCACAGGAAGGAGAAGAAGCCCAAGGAGCCAAAGAAGGAGAAGAAAGUUAAGAGCAACAAGAAAUCGCACAAGGCUGACAUCAAUCAAGACAAUUGUGUGGAUACGGACCAUUGGCUGUCCUCUUCUGAUGCGAAGAAGCUGAGAAAGCUGAUCAAAUCUCGCGAAGAAAGAGCUAAGAAGCCCCUAGAGAAUGCUGAAACAUCUGCAGUAAAGAUAGAUAAACCCAAAGGAUCUAAAUUCUCUAAACAGGCAGCUAAGAAAGACUGCACCUGUGUGCAGGAACACGAUCUGGCAAACUGUGAUGCUGUUCAAACGAAUGAUGGAGCUGCAUCCCGAAAGGCGUCCAGUUCAUACCUCAACACCACCCUUCAACGCACUCCUGCACAAGCUUUCCCCCGAGGAAUUCAAAUAAUGGCGAAGAACACCAAUACUCUGGAAGGAGGUUUCCCAUAUCUAAAAGAAUUGGGACCGUUCGGGAUUACCAAGGAGGACUGGGCAAAGUUCUGCUCGAAACUGACUGAACCACUUACCAAUCAAAAAAUACCUUACGCGAUUGAAAAGGUUCUUGAUCUCUGUGCAGAGGAGGACGUGAAGGUCUUUCGUCCCAAAGGCUUCAUUAUGCGACUGGAUAUGCCGGGUGAAGAGCAAUACGGGCUGGAUAUCAUGGACAUCUACCACUCUCAGCUGGGCGGUGUUCAUACCGAUAACUUCACUACCAUGCCACCUAACUCGAAGGAACACAGCGGAGCUAUCAAGCACAAACACCACGUCCGCGAAAGAACCAAAGACAGGAAGCAUCUAGAGACUCUCCGUGAGAAAGCUUUCAAAAGUACUCGCUUGAUACUCGACCCUAUUAUUGUUUUGAAGGACCCUCACCUUGCAACUCAGCGCGGUUGGGCGAGAUGGAUCAUUGCGUGUAAUCAAGCUCAGAAACUUGCAGCUGAAGCACCACCGAAGCGAACGGAUAACAAGCCCUGGUAUGGCUAUUUCCCAGCGAGAUGGGACAGGUGGCCACCGUCCAAGCAUCUCUACUAUGACCGAUUCCGAGGAACAUCUCACACGCUUGGCUCGAAAAGCAGUCCGUCCACUUGCUUUAUCCCUGAUUAUGACUCGAUGGAUCAGAGAGGUUCGCCAUACACAAGUUCUGUUGUCCCGUGCGACGAAGUUGAGUUUGCUGUUCUUCAUUCUGACCAGCAGUGA